AUGGCCACGGAAGAAGAUAUCGCAUGGUUCAAGUCAACUUUUCGUCCGAUUCCCAAGCCUGAGCUCCCGGACGAUGCGAUUGACUACUUCAUCUAUUAUCUCCCCUCCCCCACCCCCGCCGAGGUAGACGAAGCGGCAGAGGCCCGAGCGCGACUCCAGGAAGUUCAGCGAAGCGCUGCUGAAUUGAUCAAAAAGUUGUUGAAGGAUUAUAUUUGGCAGCGGGAAGCAUUUCGCUUGGAACUAGUCAAUGAGAACGGCAUCCCUUCUCUCCGUGGCCGGACGAAUUAUGGCGACUCCAUCGAGGAUGAAUGGCUGAUCGUUUACGUUCUUCGUGAAUUGACAUUUAAGCACACGGAUAUCUGGAUUCGAGUUGUUGAUAGUGAUGGCGAAUUCUUGCUUGUGGAGGCCGCGGGGACCUUGCCUGCAUGGCUGGAGCCCGAGGUUGCGGAUAACAGGGUCUGGAUUCACCAAGGUCACCUUCGCAUCAUCAAGCCCAAGCAAGACAAAGAACGCAAGAUCACGGAAAAGAUCGAUUUGUCCGAGGCGCAUAAGAUUAUCCGAAACGAACCAGAUCGCUUCAUCAGAUCAACAAUUAUCGAAGAGGAAGCAUUCUAUCGUUUACGCAAUUACCCUAAACAGAUCAACGACAAUCUUCAUUCUGCGAUCCUCACAGUUCCUCGCAAAGUUGCUUUCCUCUUACAUCAGAAGCCAGCAUACAUCUCUCCAGCUGUGGAAGCCUUCUAUAUUCGAGACCCCAUUGCUCUUAAGCCGUUGCGGACCAAAAAUGCGUCCGACCUCAUAUUCGGCCCAGCAGACUUGGUUGAUGUGAGCGUCAAAUUCACGCGAGUGGGAUUUGCCCAACUGAAAAGCCAAGAGUUCCCUGCGCCCAACACCUGGUCUUCCAAGUUGCCGCCAAUGGACGACUCAAAGACGUAUGCCCGUUCCGAGGCGGGCAUGAAGCUUGCGUGUGGAUUUGAAAUGCUGCUUCAUGACCCUCAUCACCAAGACAAACCAUCUGUGCGUGAGAUGAAACUUCUUCUUGAGGAUCUGGAUACUGGUGAUGAAAAGCUUCCAACCGACGAGGAAAUCUCCCGGUUGUGGAGCAAGCAGGAAGAUGAUGAGAGUUGGAUGGAUAUAAACUUUGACGACCUUGACAGAGAGCUCAAAGGAGGCAAAAAGUCUAGUGAGGAAAAAACAGGGGGAGACUUUGGGGACGCGAGUGCGCAAGAGAACUUGCAACGAAUUGUGGCUCGCUUUGAAGCGUUCUUGAACGACAACUCAGCCGGGUUCGAGGGGGCUGAUUUUAUUGACGACUUCAGUUCGGACGAGGAUGUGGACGAUGAUGACGAGGACGACAUCAGUAGUGAUGGAGAAGACAAGGAUGCAUCAUUUGACGAAGAAGAGUUCUCACGCAUGAUGAAAGAAAUGAUGGGUAUGCCAUCAAAGUCUGGCCGUGCACCCGAUGUCUCAGCCGCUUUGCGCAACCGAAUCAAAGAGCUUGACGACUCAUCGGACGAGGCAGACGACACUGAACAGAUCGAGGAAUUGUCAAGACAGAUGGAGGCAGAGUUGAAGGGCACUGGAGUGCUUGAUCUAAACAAACGACAGGAAAGCGUCAUUGGGGAUGCAACAUCCUCUAGCGCUAAGAAAUCGCCUUCUUCGGAGCUUGGCAUAGGCGGAGAUGGCGACAAUGACGAUGAUGACGAUGAUGUCAACAUCAAUCUGGCCAAAAAUCUUCUCGAAGCUCUUCAGGGCCAGGCUGGUGGUACUGGGCCAGCCGGUAGCAUGCUGUCGAUGCUGAACCUUCCCAUACCAAAAGACGAUCGCUCAUAG